UUAUUCUUUAUUCAGAUUGAGGCACUGCAGUUUGUCAGAGAUCAGCUGUUCUUCUCUGGCCUCAGCUCUGAAGUCCAACCCUUCCCAUCUGAGAGUGCUGGAGCUGAGUGGAAACAAGAUGCAGGAUUCAGAAGUGAAGCUGCUGAGGGAUCUUGUGAACAGUCCACACUGUAGACUGGAGAUAUUGAGGAUCGACCUCACAGGUCCCACCCAACAAGGAGAGGCUGAGCACAUCAGGAUCUCUUCCGAUUGUCAUCAGAGCCUCGGUCCAAGUAACAGUGCCCUCUGUGAAACCCAGGGCUUUACAACGCAGCCUGAGUGUGCAUCUUGUUGCUCAAAGUAUAAAGCAACAUAUGUUAGCGUGACAGUGGACCAAGACAGAGUGACUCUGACGGCCCAGGACCAAGAGCUGAAAGUCUGGACAAAUCCAGGACAGAAACAGACAGGUCCAAGAAGAGGAGCUCUACAGAGCAAUGUCCCAGCAGAGGAGAGGCUCCGCUCAGUCCGCACAAAUUUUAUAAACAGAGUCUCUGAACCAGUUCUGCACCAGCUUCUGGAUGAACUUUUUGAACGUGUCAUUAUAACCGAUCAUGAAAUGCAGUCAGUCAGAACAAAAGUCGGAACAGAAAAGGCACGAGACCUGAUUGACAUGGUGCGAAGAAAGGGAAAUAUAUCCAGCUCAGCCCUGAUUACUGCUCUCUGCAAACUGGAUCCAUGCGUCUCCAAAGAGCUGGAAUUAUGCUGAAGCCAGAACAAUAAACUGUGUAUUGUGAUGAUCAGUGAAUCAAUAUGUCUCGCAUUACUUUUCAUGCCUCUGUGCUGGCGACAGCCGAAGAUGGAGGCAUUAGGUUUUCAGAUUGUCUGUGUGUCCAUUCUCGUUAAUGCAAUACCUCAAGGAAAAGAAUUUCAAGGAAUUUCUUCAAAUCUGAAUGAAUCAAGAAUGAAUAUGCAUAACACACCGCUGCAUUGUUUUUUGUAAAUAUGACUCAUGAUAUACAGUCUCUAGAAGUGUAUGAUUCUUUUUUGUUGAAAAAGCAAACACAAAUUGCAAUAAAUCGUAAUACCGACUCACUAUACUUGUAGAGUUGGCACCACCUCAAGAAUUGGGACAUUAUUACUAUAUUAGCUUAUUGUUUCAGCCUUCCGGUUUUUUAGUUAAGAUCUGUGCUGAUACGUGUAUGUUAUUUUUUUUCCAAUCCCGUACAAUGUGUGGGACAGCAAUAUUUGGGCUCAUGCAAACAGCAAUAUAUGAACAAAUCUUCUCUUAUUUUUGUUUGUAUCCAUUAUUUGUUCUAAUUUUGUUUAAAAAAGCAUAGAUAAAAUAUAGUCAGAUCAGAUUAUGUUUUAGAGUAAUUAUAAUGGUUGGAUUAUUAAAUUAGUUUUCUAAAGAAACACUAUUGCUCCAUUUUUCUAUUGAUAUUUUUCUAUUAUAUAUAUAUAUAUAUAUAUAUAUCACUUGUAUUUUCUAUCACCUUUUUGGUGGCCUGAAUAUUUGCACACGGCACACCAUCUUUUAUAACCUUAUAUAGUGUUUUGGACGUUACCUUUGCUAAACAGUACGAGCAGAUUUGGAUGGAGAAGAACAUUUUAUAUCUAUUCUGUAAAUACUGUUCAUAAUGUUAAUUAUUCAUUCAUAUAUCUAUGAUGUUAUUGUUACUUUUCUUUACAUAUUUCUGUAUAUUUGUAAAAUACUUUGCACUUUACUAGUUUGCACUUCUGGUUGAUGCUAACUGCAUUUCGUUGUUUGGAACUGUACUUACAAUGACAAUAAGAUGAAUCAAAUCAAAUCAAAUCACAUUUGGUGCAUCUGGAGUUGACUUGAUUUUAAGAGUCUCUGAAUUUAUACAGUUUUACUCUCAAAAUAAGACCCAGUGGAAAUGUAAUAUUCAACUUCCAAGCUUCCAGUUUAGACUGUGAGGGUUAGGGUUAGGGUUAGAGGCUGUUUAUCGCGGGAGGACACACUGCGGUCAAGCUAGCCGUGACUCCGAUCUCCGUGGUCAAAUCAGCCGCACUUAAAUUUCGAGUGUACAAGUAUUCUCAGCAUUAUGGUAAAUGCGGGAGAAACAGCGUAUUCACUUCCGGUUUUCAAAAUAAAGGUAUUAGAAAACAGUAAAGCUAUAAUUCGAAACUACAUUUAAAAUAAAAUAUGUUGUAUUAAAGUGCUCAAUAAUUCCUGGCUAUGGAUGGUAUAUUUUCCUUCUACACAUAGAAGACUACACACACACUUAAUAUCAAGCAUUUUUACUGCACCAAUUUGGAGAAAUUCAACUAUAAAAGUCCAUAUUUAUACCUCCAGAUUGCAUAUUUUCAUAUAUUUGACCUACUGUAAAAACACUUUGCUCAAUAAUUCCUGGCUAUGGAUGGUAUAUUUGCCUUCUACACACAUAAGGCUACAAGUGUACUUAAUAUCAAGCAUUUUUACUGCACCAAUUUGGAGAAAUUCAACUAUAAAAGUCCAAUAUUUAUACCUCCAGAUAGCACAUUUUCAUAUAUUUGACCUACUGUAAAAACAAUUUGCUCAAUAAUUCCUGGCUAUGGAUGGUAUAUUUGACUUCUACACAUAGAAGACUACACG